AUGGAAGACGGUCAAUCCCAGAACUCCUGCCUAUCGGCAGUCGGACUCAAGUUGCCUACCUUUUGGCCAAUGCGCGCCAAAGUGUGGUUCGUCCAGGCUGAGGCACAGUUCGACAUCCGUGGAAUCACACAAGAUGGUACCAAGUGGCCCGAUGUCGUCUCUGCCCUAGACGAAGUCAUUGCUGUGAGAAUCCUUGCCAUCCUAGAACACCCUCUGACCGCUGACAAGUACGCAACAAUCAAGAAGCGGCUCACAUCGACAUUCUGUCUCUUACGUCAAGAACGCACUCAAGCCUUGCUCAACGUUGGCGAACUCGGCGACCGGAAAUCGCCAGAGCUGAUGGAUGAAAUGCUGGCUUUCUUGGGCAAUGAACCCAUGAACUUUCUUUUUGAGGGCAUUUUCCUCUCCAGGAUGCCUGCCUCUAUUCGACAGUGUCUCUCUGGUGAAGAUUCCUUUGCUGACCCUCGCAAGGCCGCCGACCAGGCUGAUGCAAUAUGGACCACCUUGAAGUGCAAGAGCUUAGCCGACACCAAGCUUGACAUCAACGCCGUGCGACCAACACCCUCCCCAAGGAGGAAGACGACACCCACCCACUGCACCAUCAAGGAGCACAAAUCCGACGUCUGUUGGUACCAUGUCCAGUUCAGUGCAGACGCCAAUAGCUGCAAGAGCGGCUGGCGUCGGUACCUAGCUGACACUGGGGCUGAGGUGAGCGUUAUUCCUGCCAUGUACUAUGAGAGACACAACCGUCCCGUUUCAUCAACCCUGUCGGCCGCUAACGGAUCCAAGAUCAAAGCUUACGGGAAACGCACCAUCGCUCUCUAUUUCGGCAGCAAACAAUAUACUGUGAUUUUUUUCAUGGCCGAUGUGUCCCAGCCAUUACUCGGUGCAGAUUUUCUGCGUUUCCACUCCCUCCUCAUCGACCUUCACAACAAGUGUCUAGUCAAUGCAAACACCCUCUCACCAAUCACCCUUGGACUUACUUCCGGUUCUGUCCUGCACCUCAAUUCAGUUGAAGCAGCUAAUGACGAAUUCACCCGGCUACUCAUGGAUUUUCCGGAGUUGGCAUACGCCAAGGCCGAGUUCCUGAAAAUGGAAGAGAUGGGCAUCAUCCAGCGAUCCAGCAGCCUUUCGAUCUUUGCCUUUACAUAUGAUCCCAAAGGGCUCCAACAAGUGGCGCCCCUGCGCUGCAGGUACUUCACGAAAAUCGAUUUAGUACGGGGCUACCACCACAUCCCUAUCCGCCCUGAGGACGUGGCCAAGACCGCUGUGAUCACACCCUUUGGCCUUUUUGAAUUCUUGAAGAUGCCUUUUGGGCUCAAAAAUGCUACUCAGGACGUCCAGCGGCUCAUGGACACCGUUCUCAAGGGGCUUGACUUCAUUUUCGUUUACUUAGACGACAUCCUUGUGGCCAGCAGGACUAAACAGGACCACCUGAAAAAGGUCUUGAAACGUCUUAUGGCUACGGGUUUGAUUGCUGUUGGUGGAGCUCUCGAACAACGGUAA